AUGACGCAUCGAUUACCUGCUUCUAGCACAUUCUGGCCGAUGCUGGGUAGCCUGCCUCAAGAAAGGCGGUUCAUUGCUCCCCAUGUAAUGCCCCUUGUUGUAUUCCCCUCCGGCACUUCAGCCGAGUGGGCCGCUUCGUACGUGGCGCCCAACGAAUGGGGAGGAAACAAAACUAAUUCAACAACGGCGGGAGAACUCUUCAUGAAGAGUGCUCCUGCCGUUGGUGACGACCUAUGUGUGACGGUCAUCGCAGCACUACUCAUGAAGAGUGCUCCUUCUGUUGGUGACGACCUAUGUGUGACAGUCAUCGCAGUGCCGGGUAAUGGAAGAUUUUCGUGA